GCAGUCACUUUACUGACAGUGUUGAUUAUCAUCAUCAUCAUCUGUUUUUGUUUUUGUUUUAGCAUUUGUCAAGAACGUACGCAAAUCUGCGUGGUAUAUAGGAAUACUUUUUCCCAUGUUGCAGCGGUUGAGGGGGCGGACGUGGUGAUUUCCGUGAAGGAGGUGGACCUGCUGCUUGCAGAGAAUGGACCGUUGCACCACACGGAUCAGUACGAUGUCAUGGAGAGAGAGAAGGACCCGUUGCUCGUUGUACGUCGAGGACAGGUGUUCUCUGUUAACAUAACCCUCAGCAGGGCCUUCAACGUAGAUAAAGACGCUGUGUCCUUCAUCUUCACCGUCCAUGACGCGGAGAAGCCGAACUAUGGUCAGGGUACUCUGAUCGCGGUACCGCUCCUUGCGAAAGGAGCCGAAUCGGGGACCGCCUGGAAUGCGGUAUUGGAGUCCAGCAACGAGAAUGUCAUUACAGUCAAGAUUACACCUGCAGCUGAUGCCAUCGUGGGGCAAUGGAAGAUGGAUGUAGACACAAAGCUGAAGAAUGAUGGCGCCGUUAGCUACAGCCAUAAGGAGCCUAUUUACAUAUUGUUUAACCCUUGGUGCAGACAGGACCAAGUGUUCCUGGAGGACAGCGAACUGUUACAAGAAUACGUGCUGGCGGAUAGCGGCCUUAUCUGGCGAGGCAGUUACAACCGCCUGCGACCAUGCGUCUGGAAGUUUGCACAGUUUGAGAAGGACGUUCUGGACUGCUCGUUGUACCUCGUGUCACAUGUGGGAAAACUGACCCAUGCUGGGCGCUCUGACCCAGUUAAAACCAGCAGAGUUCUCUCAGCAGCUGUGAACUCUCCUGAUGACAAUGGUGUUCUCAUGGGCAACUGGAGCGAUGAUUUUGAUGGGGGCACCCCUCCGACAAAGUGGGUGGGCAGUAUGAAGAUUCUCCAAAAAUUCUUUAAGGACAAGAAACCUGUGAAGUACGGUCAAUGUUGGGUCUUUUCUGGUGUUCUUACAACAAUAUGUCGGGCACUGGGUAUACCCUGCAGGUCUGUCACCAACUAUGCCUCAGCUCACGACACGCAGAACAGUCUCACGGUCGAUUACUUUGUUGACGAGGAUGGCGAAGUAAUGGAAGAGCUCAACAGUGACUCUAUUUGGAAUUUCCACGUCUGGAAUGAAGUGUGGAUGGAGAGACCAGACGUCGUUCCUGGAGGAGAGUACGGCGGCUGGCAGGUGAUUGACGCCACCCCACAAGAGGAGAGUGAUGACAUGUACCGCUGUGGCCCUGCCUCUGUGAAUGCCGUCAAGCGAGGAGAGGUUCUUCGGCCAUAUGACAACGCCUUCGUUUUCUCUGAGGUCAAUGCUGAUAAAGUGUUCUGGCGCUAUUAUGGACCGACUCAGCCACUCAAGCUACUGCGUAAGGACAUGUUGGGAAUUGGACAGUUUAUCAGCACAAAGGCUGUAGGAAAAUGGGAGAGAGAAGACAUAACCAAAAACUACAAAUAUCCAGAAAAGAGUGAAGAGGAAAGGGCAGCCAUGUUGAAGGCACUCCGGCAGAGUGAGAAUCUUUUCAGUCGCUACUAUCUUAAUGAAGACUUCAAUGACAUUCAGUUUGAUUUUGAACUCAGGGAUGACAUUGUAAUUGGUUCUCCGUUCAGUGUGGUUGUGAUAUUGAAAAACCGUAGCCGCAAUAAGGACCACACAGUUACUGUGACUUUACGGGUGGACACUGUCCUCUACACUGGUCGCCAUAAGGAUGCUGUCAAAAAAGAUAAAGAGGAACGUCUUGUUAAAGCAGGAGCAGUCGAGGAGAUCAGAUUGGAUGUGUCAUAUGAUGAAUACUACAAGCGCCUGGUGGACCAGUGUGCCUUCAAUAUUGCCUGCUUGGCAACUGUGCAUGAUACCAACUACGAAUACUUCGCACAGGACGACUUCAGAGUCCGGAAGCCAGAUAUCAAGAUUAAGAUUGAUGGUGAGGCACAGCAAGGCCAGGAGUUUAGUGCCACUGCCACAUUGAAAAAUCCAUUGCCAUCUGCUCUAAAGAAAGCCCAGUUUAUCAUUGAGGGUCCAGGCCUGACUUCUCAGCUGAAGAUCAAACUGCCACAGAAUAUACCCCCAGGUGGCGAGGCAACAGCUACGUUCAAAAUGACACCAAAAUUCUCUGGAAGAAGUACCAUUGCUGCCAAGUUUGUGUCAAAGGAACUGGAGGAUGUAGAUGGCUUCUUGAACUUUAUGAUUGAACCAAAAAAGGAGGUUGUUAAUGGCACUGGCAAUGCUGCAUGAAAUGGCGCGAACUAUGAGACUGGAUUAAAAUGUAUUUUAAUGGCUGUAUGUUUUUUCAGUGGGUGCUCAUUUCAUUUAGAUGGUGAUGAGUGCUUGUAUAUUAAGAUGUUACUAAAACUGUCUUAAUUUGCAGCAUAUAAUUGCACAAAAGUGUUCAAAUUUUACGUAGUCCCAAUUUUAGAAGGAUGGUUCAGUUGCAGCCAAACUGUUGCCGCUUAAAUCUUUGUUUCAUAUUCUGCACACAAGAUACAGUGUUUCUGAAUAUUAAUGUAAUACUUAAAAUUUAAAUUGUUCUUUUUUAAUGUUGCCUGUGGAAGUAUGUUAAACCAAAUGUACUGAAUGCAUAUUUUUAUUCUGAUUUUUAAAUUUGGUAGCUCGUCGUGCUAAUACACCAGGUCCUAAUCUUAUGCGUCAAGCCCUUUAAUUUACUCUCAGGGCAUGAAUUAAGUUAUUUGCUAAGAUUUGUAGUUGUCUUAUAAAGUAAUUAGCUCUGGCAAACUAAAAACAAACACUGUUUCUGCAAAUACUGAGGUACAGUAUGCGACUUUAAUAUUUACAUCCAUUAUUUGAUUACACCCGUCGAGUAUAAAUAAUUGUUUUUUCCUUCCACAGUAUCUAUUUUGAUCAAUUUACGACUGUCUUCAGGGGUUAUACCAGCAAUAUAAAUUAUAAGUUUUACAUGAUUUUUAUGUCCCAAAAAAGUCACAUUUUAAAUUGCGACACAAUUUUAAAAUAUUUUCAAAUGUUGGUGCUAUAGUUAGUGCCUGGUCCAUAUUUUGGGUACCAUUUACUAUUUCUCCAUAAAGUUACUAACAUUUAAAAUUUUCACACCUUUCUUCGCCCUUUCGAACUAUUCAUAACCUAAAACCAUUCCUCUCAUGACUAAAUUCUUAUUCUUAAUGGAAUGAAAAUGAUUAUGUAUCUCCUGUCUGGAGGGGAAAGUCUAAUUUUUGUUUACUUUUUUUUCCAGUAUUUGUUGUUCUUCCCUUAAUUUGUAGCGAUGACAAUAUCAGUUAGAUUCCCUCAGCUACCAGAGGUCACCUAUCUUUCUCCUUGCUAAGAGAUGCCGUCUGAUAGUUUGCAAUUUUUGCACACAGGCGAAGGCUGACAAAUAGCAAAUAUAAUUCCUUAAAAACAACCUGAAGGUGGGAGACAUGUAAUAACUUUCUUUCCAUAUGGAAUUAAGAGUGUCACAUAAGACUUCGACACACAAAACUAUUUUAUAAAGCAGCAAUAAGAAAUUUAUAAAGAUGUUAAUAAUUUCAGAUUGACAGUCAUAAUAUGGACAUUUUUAAUGUUAAUUUUAUAGAGGACUAGUAAAUAUGAAAUUUUUUGAAAUUGCUGGUAAUUUAAAAUGUAAUAAGUUUAAGAUAUUAGAAGCACGUAAACCUUGUACACAAGCGUGGCCCCCCUGAAAUUUGUUUAAAAUGAACAGAAAUAUGUUGGUUGUAUUUUGUGACUGUAGGGUUUUAAUUUUUUUUUUUUCCUUUUUGGUCAACAUUAAAAUAAUAUGAUAACCCUGAGGGAUCUCCAAUAUUUUACAUCUGUACAAAAAUAUUGAUUUAUGAUGUUCAUUUAAUAUUAACUUUGGUUAAAAUUAAAUCAUAAGAUUGCUGUUUUAUUCUAUAUAAAGUUGGUAACCCUGAUUCUACUAUUACUGUUCAAGUAUCUGUGUCAUAUGAAAGGAAAUGAUUGCAUUUAUAUGUUCAGGUUUCUCGUAAAAUACGCACUAUCAUAUGAGCAAAUUCAUGACUUUCUUGUGUGAAAACAACCUGUUUGAUGACAAAAUUAAUUAAUUUCUAAAUUUUUUUAUAUUUCAUCAUUAUUGUAUUGUUACAGGUAUUUUACUCAUUCAAAAAAGUUAAAUGGGGCAGAUAAUUUCUGAUAUAGACUUUGUCAAUUUUUGAUCAGAUAGUCAGCUCUUAUCCUUACUAAUUUUGCUUUAGGUUCCCGUACUACUACAACUACUAUGGCGUAACAGCCCAAAUUCGAGCCCUAGCCUCUUCUAGGUUCCCGUACACUUUGUUGUAAUUUUAGAUUGUAUUUUUGGCAUCACUUGUUGGUAUGAGAAUUACUGCUUUGAAAUGUCUCUCGUCCAUUAUCACCACCGCCACUGACAUCAUCAUAAUCAUUUGUUGUCCUUCAUUAUUUUAACUAUGGCAAUACUGGACUUGAAUAUAGGUCAUAACAUUUUUCAGUAGACGUACUGAAAUAAAAUAAUAAAGAAGACUGCUUUUAUAUAUCUAUAUUUACAUACAUACUUACAUAUGGUAUUUGUGUUGACUUAUUUCAUAUUAAACAUACUCGUGUAGCAGGCUGUUAUAUCUUAUUAUGAAUUUUCUACGGUACGUGUGUUAAAGUAUGACGUAAGUAUAAGAAUAUGCAGUUAGCUGUUGUGUUACUCUCAGUUUUAAAAUAUUUAUGGUAAAAUUAGUAACCGAUGAUUGGGUGGCUAAUUUCUGUGUGUGAGCUUGCGUUACGUUGCGUGAAUUGCAUUCAGGUUAUUGGACUUUAUCGCGUGGCAAUUAUAUUUACUAUUUGUAGUAUUAGUGAAGAAUACUUCUCUAUGUUAGUUUACAUUUUACAAUGAACCUGCGUUUUGCAUGUGAGAACAUUUAUUUCGCUUGUAUGAAGACUGAAUAGGAAUGAAUGUAAGAGUGUUAUUAACUAAUCAGAAUUUAUGAAAUGCAUUUAAGAUGUGGCAAUUAUACGCAGUGUGUUUAUCAGCCAUAAAUAAUCAUUGUUUUAUUUUUUAUAUAUAUAUUUAUAGAAAUUAUAAUUUUAAUUGAUUUAAAAUGAUUAGAAAGCCUCAAACUACAGUGAUUUUUUUCUAUGUUUUGAUUCAGAAUUAAUUUAUUAAUUAAUUUUAAUGUUUAGGACAUAUUGAAGGAUUAAUAGUACUAGAUUGGUAUUGAAACUUGACAGUAUGAUAAUAUUUUGCAGUUUUGCCUGUUUAUCACAGCCAGAAAAAAGUGUCUUAUUUGUCAUGUUGUAUUCAGUCAGAUGCUGAUAAAGUUUUAUGUUUUGAACUUUGUAAGAAAACCACAUCAAGAAUAGUAUAGACCCAAAAAGAAUUCAUAUGAAAUAUCUGAAUCUCAUAUCAAACUGUGAUUAAAACAAAAAUAUUUUACAGUGAAUUUCAUGGUAACGUUAGUGAACUUGGAUUUUAAAUAACCUGAAAUAUACGCCAAGACAUUUAAAAAUGUUUAUAUUUAGCUUCUGUUUGUGUGUUUACCAUAUAGGCUAUAUACUUUAAUUUAGCAUUUGUUUUAUUUAAUAAAAAUUAUGCUUUAAACUUCUUUUUGGUUAUAUUUUACCUACAUUAACAAAUACAUGUUUCAAAAUGUAAAAAAAAAAAAGGUGUAGUUCCAUCGCGUUGCUGUUCCUACACAAAUGUCUGUGUCCACCUUUCAAUCUAUGCUAGAAGUAUGUUCAUACAUGCAAGGACCUGGACUAAUUAUUUUAUAAUUUUUUUUAUUUGCUUACAUUUAAAACUGCUGAUAUGAAGUUUUUAAAAAAAACUGAAGUCCUAAGUGGUGGUGGGGGCAUAUUAACCUCUUCUUCUGGAAGAGAUUUCACUGUAAUUUAUAAAUAAAUGUAGCUCGUAAUUAGACACUUCUGAAAUAUCUUGAAUAUUGGGAAAAAUGUGCAUUACAGAUGUAGACAUUUUCUGUAACACAAAAUUGCAUGUUUCAUCUAGACUGAUGAUUUAAGAUACAGGCCUGGCCAUAUUGUAUGAACACGCACUUGAACUUGUGUGCAGAAGAGUCCUCAUUUACUCUCUGAUUUUCCAACGCAAGAUGAUUUUUAUAGCAGUGCAACAUUAACUCUUUAUCUAUUUCUUCAGUGUUAUUACAGAUGAAGCAGGCUUUACUGUGGAUAGCAUAAUACUUGUGGGAGGAGUGUUCAAUCUAGGUAAAAAAAAGUAAAGUUAAUGCUGUGGGCCACCACAUAAAUUUAAUUUCUAAGAAUUCUAAUAUGAUUACUGUAAAUGUACCUAAAUUGAAGUUACAAAUGUUUGUGGAGCAGAGAUAAGGGUGUAAUUUUUGUUGGGGUAGUUUCACCACAUCUUAUUUCAGCGCGUAUCAUUUUGUAAUUAAUACGUGUGUAUAGAGCGAAGCUUUCACCGCGAUGUUGAUGAAAGAUUCUCGGGUUACAAGCUGCGUCGGGUGGCUGAACGGCGAAUAAACCAUAUCUUCUGCCGAUGUUUCGAGAACAUCUCUGCUCUCAUCCUCAGGGCUGCUGGGUAAUAAACCUGUUCCUUUGUUGCGCGCUCGCUGAUGUAAGAAUCUUUCAUAAACUAAUACAUGUGUACUUUGAAAGAGUUAAUUUUUGUAAAGAAGACAAAUUGAUUGAAUUUGAAGAGUUGUUUGCGUGUGUAUUCUUUUUUGAGGUUGAUAGUACCACAAACUGAAGUAUAAGAUGGAAAAAUUUGAAUACAGACUGAUUAUAAAUGAAUGGUUGUCUGUUUUUGAAGUGACUGUGGAGAGACUUUGACAGACAUUUGUGUGCAGCCCACAAAAUUCAACAAGAUUUGGCAGCUGGGAAGUCACCAUUCAUCAGCUGACUAGAAAAUUGUCAGGAAGAAUUUUACGGUUAAAAUGCCAAGAAGAUGGAUUGCCAGAGGCAGAAGACCCCAGAGCUAAGUUUGUAAGAUUUCUUGUUUUGAGGAUAUUUUAUAGAGGCUGUCUUCUCCUCCUCACCUCCCAUUAUCUCAAAAUCUUAAGCACAAAAUUCAAAAUUGAGAUUCUUGUGAAUAAAUUUUUGACAUGUUGUCCAGUGUUUGGAAUGAGAUUGAUUAUUUUGGUGUGUAUAAUUACCAUUGGGGUUCGCAUUGAAACCAGAUAAUUUACAAUCAAAACUUUGAGAGAUCUUGUCUAUGCUCUACAGAUGUCACUGUGCAUAGCUUACGUUUUUUAGAAUUAAAAGUGUAAAGAAUAUUUGUAAUCAUCCUGUAUGUAUAUAUGUAUUUAGAUUUAUUGAAAAUGGUUACAAUUUGAGAAAUGUUUUUAGUAUAACAAUGUUUACCAGACUUAAUAAAACCCAUUUGGUGAUCCUUCAUCAAGUCAAACGACUCGAGAUAAAAGAAAAAUCAUUGAAUGCUAUUUUUUAAAAAAAUGAAAGAAAUUGCAGCACAAAGACUUUUUAGAGUACCUCUGCUUUUAUCACCACGGACAGUAAUUGUAGAGAAUUGAAUUCUAAUUGUAGGUUCAGCUUCCAGUAUUGUGAAAUUUUGUUUUUGUGACAUUGCAUAUAAAAGUCCAGAACAUAACCUAAAUUUUGUCACAGAAUACAGAUGUUGAUUUGAAAUAUACAGUUUUAUAUUUUGCUUACAACCGGUCCAUUUUAGCAGUAGCAGAAUAGGUUAAUGAGUGCCAAUUACUCAGGUCUGAUGCUAAAUCAUUACUGCCAUAAGCUCUGUCUCCAUCUGAUACAGAUCAGUUUUGGGAAAUACAUUUUUAGGCAGGUAAUUAUAUUUUAUACUUAUUGUACUCGUAUAUGAAAAUAUGUCUGUGUUUCAAACUGUAAAAGGUAAUAUUUUUAUAUGAGAAUAGGAUUUGAUGUUUGUGCUAUGAUUCAUGUAAAGUUUUAUAAACAGAAGAAGCUUGUUUGUAUCUGAUAACAAUAAUUUUUUUUUUCAUAAACCUAAUUAUUGUUUACCAAUCCUAAGCCAGCGUCAAUAAUAAAGUUAUUUAAGACAG